UAUUUAUUACACUACGGCACCGGACACAGUCAUAUCGGCCAUCCACCCGUAACUGGCGACUGCACAGUGCACAUCACCAUAGUUCAUUCUUCAGAUCGCGGUCCGCAUGUUUGUUCAUACAGCGGUCAGCGAGUAUAUUUUUUGUAUCAAGACAUCAAGUACUUAUUUACUCGUUCUGACGACAUCGUCGCUUUGUCAACAAUUUACCUAUAUUAUUCGUUUUGUUAACUUAAUUAAAAAUGGAAUCUCUAAUUCAAAUCAUAAACAAACUACAAGAUGUUUUUGCUGUGAUUGGCGAACAUAAAAUUGAUCUACCUCAAAUAGUUGUCGUUGGAUCUCAGAGUUCGGGAAAAAGCUCUGUUCUGGAGAGUCUGGUUGGACGUUCGUUUUUACCACGAGGUACAGGUAUUGUAACUCGUGCUCCUUUGAUAUUACAAAUGAUCAGGUAUACAACAGAGGAAAGAGACAAUGUAAUCAAAUUGACUAAAAAUAAUGACAUAAAAAGUUGGGCAACUUUUCUUCAUAAACCGGAAACAAUUUAUGACAAUUUCGAUGAAGUAAGGUACGAGAUUGAAAAACAAACGGAUGUUUUGGCUGGUUCUAAUAAGGGAAUAACGCAUGAAUCUAUUGUUUUAAAAGUUUUUACACUAUCAUAUGAUCUUACAUUUGUUGAUCUUCCUGGUAUAACUAAAGUUCCAGUUGGGGAUCAGCCGGAAGAUAUAGAUGAGCAAAUUCAAGAGCUCAUCUUAAAAUAUGUACAACUAGAAAAUUCUAUUAUUUUAGCAGUGGUAACGGCUAAUACCGAUCCAACUACUUCUGAAAGCUUAAAAAUUGCAAGAAAAAUGGAUCCUAAUGGGAUUCGAACAAUUGCAGUAGUUACAAAAUUGGACUUAAUAGACAAGGGUACAAUACAAGAUACUACUGAAUUACUCUGUGGUCAUAAAAUACCAGUAAAACUUGGUAUUAUUGGAGUUGUUAACAGAAGCCAGAAAGAUAUAAACGAUAACAAAUCAAUGAAAGAAACAUUAAAAAGUGAAAAAGAUUUUUUAAGAUUACACUAUCCUGACAUAUAUAAAAAGCAUGGUAAUAAAGUCCUUGCAAAAACACUCCAGGAUAUACUUGUUAAACAUAUCAAAAAAACAUAUCCAAUCUUACACAAAAACUUACAAGAUACUAAAACAAGAUUAGAAACCGAAUUAAAAACAUUGCAAACACCAGACAGCAAGGUGUCUUUUAUAUUAAAUUUACUGAAAAAUAUAUCAAAAUCGUAUACCGAUACAAUAUUAGGUAAUAGAAAAGAUGUUUCUGAUACAAUAGUUAUGGGUGGCGCACGUAUUUCUGAAAUUAUUAAUGAAGAGUACUUGGAUAAAAUAAACCAAAUUAAUCCACUUCACGAUUUAACUGAUGAACAAAUAGGUGUUAUUUUAUUAAACACUUCUGGGAUCACAAAAAGCUCAUUUGUUAACGAAAAAGCACUUGAACACAUGAUAUCAAGACAGCUUAGUAAUCUUAUUGAACCAUCAAUGUCAAGUGUUGACUUUGUUCGUGUUGAAAUGUUGAAAAUUUUCGAUGCAAUAGAUGAAAAUGUUUUGGAAACAUUAAAAAGAUUUCCUCGGAUAAAUUCUGAUGUAAGAAAUGUCCUUAACAAUAUGUUAGACAAAAAUUUAAAUAAUUUGAAAGACUUUAUAGAGUCAUUUAUUGAGACUUAUCAAUCGUGUUUAAACACAACCAACCCAAAUUUUUUAAUUCAAUUGGUUCGAUCAUCAAGUGAUUUUCAAGAUGCAAAUAUUGCAGCAUUUAUGAGCAAUAACUCAAUUAAAAAUACUGAAAACCAUAAAUGUGUAAGUUUAGAAGAUAACAAAAAAAAAGAAAACGAGAACUACAUACAACUUUUCAAACAAAUGUUGUCUGGCAUAAACGAUUUAGAUAAUGAUAUUGAAACCUCAAAACAAGUAAAGAUCCAUAAGUCCUUAACACAAUGUUACUUUGAUUUUAUUAAAGAAAUUAUAAGGGAUUUUGUGCCAAAACGCAUCCAUCACAAAAUGGUGAAAUUAGUUUUAGAAACUUUUGAACAGGAGUUAGACGAAAAAGUUUUUACACCAUAUGUUAUAAAUCGAUCGUUUGAAGAAGUUAUGACUGAAGAGGAGGGUGUUAUUGAUGAACGCCAAAAAAUUGAAGAGAUGUUGAACGCAGUCAAUAUAGCUUUAAAAAAUAUGGUAGAUAUACAGUGUUUCUGAAUAAAAAGUAAAUAUCAAAAGUUAUUAUGUUUAAAUGGUGUAUAAAUGUGUCUUAACAAAAUAUUUAAAAGUAAAAUAAUUAAAUUGAUAAAUAUUCAAUGGCUUAACUUUUAUUAAAUUAUAUUAUUAUUUUGAGAAGAGAUUAAAACAAAAAAAUUCUUUUUAGUAUACCUGCCACUUUUUAAAUUUAUUUUAUGUAACUCAUACUUAGUAGUUUACUUAAAAAUAUAUUAUCUUUUUUUCAAUACAUUUUAUUAUUUUU